UGCCUUCUUUUACACUCAAAUCAAAGACACAAAAACCGAAAGGAAGAUUAUUUGAAAAAUUGUAUUAGUAAAUUUUGCAUUUUUCUUAGUUGCUUUUGCAAUGAUUUGCCUAUCACGUCUGGUCGUAAUAAACUUGCCCAGUGUCUGGCCGCCAAGACGAUCUAAGCGUUCCGAAAAGAAGGAUUCCAAAGAUUCUGAUGAUCAAGCUGAACAUACAGAUUUCCAGAGACCUUUGCAGUUCCACACCAAAAGAGGCUAUAUUAAGUGGUUUAACAAACUGAGUCGCUGUCAAAAAUCUCGCAAUUUUACGGGAAGAAUGCAAAUGCAUCCCAGGUUGUAGAAUUUAAUUAUCCGAAGAAUUAAAGAAGUUGCUCUUGAUUUAAA